UGCAUACUAAACAUACUACAAAGAGGUAUUAGCAUUUAGCAAGAGCGAAAAAAUGGCUUGGUCGUCGUUGCCGUUUGUGGUGCUGUUCGCUCUGGCCGUCUCCGCGCAGCUCGGCGCGUCCGACCUGGCGCCGGACUACUACAGAGACACCUGCCCCAACCUGGAAACCAUUGUGCGCGGCGUGGUGAAGCAGAAGAUGGAUGCCAACAUCCGGGCGAUCGGCUCCACCAUCCGCCUCUUCUUCCACGACUGCUUCGUCGAGGGUUGCGACGGAUCGGUGCUGAUCAGCUCGACGGCGGGGAGCGCGGCGGAGAGGGACGCCGACGACAACAAGUCCCUGGCGUUCGAAGGCUUCGACACGGUGAACGCCGCCAAGGCCGCCGUGGAGGCCGCGUGCCCCGACCAGGUCUCCUGCGCCGACAUACUCACCAUCGCCACACGAGACGCCAUCUCCAUGAGCGGCGCUCCGUUCUACCCGGUGGAGCUGGGCAGGCUGGACGGCCUGAGCUCCAGCGCCAGCAGCGUGGCGGGCCAGCUGCCGCGUCCCACCCACACCAUUAACCAGCUGAUCGCAAUCUUCAGAGCUCAUGGACUCACCACGUCGCACAUGGUCGCUCUCUCAGCGGCGCACACCGUAGGGCUUGCGCACUGCGGCACGUUCAGGGACCGGGUGUACGGCAACCCGGCGGACCCGACGCUGAACCCCACCUACGCGGCGUUCCUCAGGACCAAGUGCCCCGCCGACGGCUCGUCGGAUCCCAUGGUGCUCAUGGACCAGUCCUCGCCGGCGACCUUCGACAACCAGUACUUCCGGAACCUGCAGGACGGCGGCGGCCUGCUCGCCUCCGACCAGGUGCUCUACACCGACAGCCGCACCCGCACCAACGUCAACGCGUUGGCCAACAGUACGGCCGCCUUCAACUCGGCCUUCGUCGACGCCAUUACCAAGCUCGGCCGCGUCGGGGUCAAGUCCGGCAGCCAGGGCAACAUACGCCAGCAGUGCGAUGUCUUCAACUGAUAUGGAGUCACGAAAGGGAUUGAUGAUGCCGAUGCGCGCGUGCAUAUCGCUACGGCUUCUGAAUUAGCUAGUGCACGUGCGUGCGUCCAAGGUGCAUGAAAGUGCACGCAAUGUGUGCGUGGUAGUACGUAAAUUCGUUGUGUCUUCCGGUUUGUGCAUGACCUAUACAUGUUGUUUCAUUUGUUGCUUUUGUAUGUGCGGGCUAUGCAAGCACAUAAGUUGGAUUUGAUGAUUUGAAUGAAUAAAGCACACGCACCCUGAUAGUAAUGGGUGCACACCUCGAAUAAGCUCGUCCAUACUACA